UGUCAGCUGACGGAAACGUUAUAUACAUGGAAUACCAACAUCCGCUUCAGACUCGGACGAGACAACGCUAACAUAUACUUUAUAAAAGCGACCGCCAUAGUGAAUCAUUUGUGUCAGGACACCACAGGAAUUCACUCUUAAAGGGACUGUUCGAGAUGAAUCUGUGGCAUGCCUUCUUUCAGAGCCUUCGUCUGGCAUUUCUCCAUGAGAGACAAGAACAAGCAGUAAAUGUCCCUGGACACCUGAACAUCUUCGAAUAUUUGUUCAGAGACUGCGAAAUCACUGAGUAUGCAUCUUGCAUUCUCUCCCCUGAUCCUUCUGCCAAGAUUAUCCUGUCGGGGAGGGUGGACUUCAAGGAGGUGAAUGCAUGUGGCAGAAAAAUGCCAAUAGAAAUCAAGGUUGACAUAGACGGCUUUCCGGCCACCGAUAACGUCACCAAACACGGCUUCCACGUCCACACCUACGGCGACUUGGCAAAUGGCUGUGGUGGUGCCGGUGGAUACUUCAACCCAUUCAACGUCACCCACGGAGCACCGGAAGACCGUACGAGACAUAUUGGAGACUUCGGCAACGUUGACGUUCCCAAAGUCGGCCGCCUGACGACUUCGUUCACAGACCGCCUGGCAAGCCUUAAAGGCGACCAGAGCAUCAUGGGGAGGGCUAUUGUGGUUCAUGAAGGAGUGGAUGAUCUUGGCAGGAAACAACUCUGCCAGUCUUGAGAACGGCAAUGCUGGUGCCAGACUGGCCUGCUGUGUGAUCUACGCAGCCGACGGCUCUCACUGGAAGGAGACAUAAAGAGAUUGUAGUGCUGGUUUGAGGGUUGUUAAACCGGUUUAUAUAUGAACAAGACUGCAGGAAUGAAGAGAAACAAAUAAAUGAUAAAAGUAAGAGUUGUUCGAUUUCGUCAUAUUUGGGGAAAAAAUCCAAUGUUUAUAUACCUACUCAGUUGGAAUGAUAGACACUCGGGGUUUUUUCCAGCAAGUAAAGAUAAUGUGUUCUGUAGACCUUCUUAUUAAAAAUCCCAACAUCC